UUAUCUAGAUGCACUGAGAUUAGUGUAUGAAAUUGAAAACGUAGUCUCCAUUCCUCAGUUUGGAGUAACGCGCGCGCAGUAUGGCCGUCCGUUUAGUGUUUUUAGUGCUUUACGCGGUGCUAUCGAACGCGAGUGCUGAGUCAGACGCGUCAAUAUGGGUGGACGUGACCCCAGAGAACCUGAUCGAAAGGCGGUACACACCUGAGGUGAUUGACGAGCUACACUCCGCGAAGGCAGAUGCCCUCCUCCUAUACACGGAGUACACUGCACAAGCCGGGUCGGAUCUGAAGAAUUUUAUUAAGAAUAUAUCGAAGUUGACUGAGGAAACUGUUCGGGGAAUGGACAGGAGCGUUUUGGAGAAUGCGCCGCCAUCAUGCAGAGCAGAGUUCGAAAGAAAGCUAAAGAAGAUAGAGUUCGACGCGCACCGAGCGGCGACCUUCAGUGGGGAGAACCACCACAAGUUCUUCUUGGGACACAUGAUUGUGUUCCGGAUGCAUCUUAAUAAGAGUGAAGAAUACAUAAAAAAGUGUGACAAAAUCAUCAAAACAUGUGGCACGCCAUGUGAAACAACACCCCGUAUAACCCGAUGGCGGCGUCUCGCUCUAACCGAGAUCCACCGCGUGCGCGACGACAUACAGCACUCGCGUAGAUCCUACAAGGAUCUACUUGUGCACGCGCAUCGUAAACUUAAUCAUUUCAGAAAACGCGCCACCUUGCGUGCUCAGGACGCAAUAAAUACGCUACAGUCUUGUGUAAGACGUAGCUAGCUUAAAUAAAAUUAAA